AUUCUCCUUUCAGGCAGAAGCUACGUAACAGCCAAAACUUUGACAAUAAAUGUUUAUUGUAACGAUAUAAAUUCAGGGAGGCAGUAUUCUCCUCGUUGAUCUGAGUAGUCGUAAAUGCAUCGCGGAACUGAGCGCACCGCAGAGCAUACACGAAGUAGAGGUAGUGCAAGAUGAGGAUGCCACUGAUGUUUUGCUUACCAGCUUCACAGGAGCACAGUGGAUUAUACCUCUCGAAAAUGGAGGUCGAAGCCUCACCGAAGUUUUGACAGCGUGUAUCCCGUCUGAAUUUAAGAAGGUUGAACCAUCCACUUCACACUUGGGCAUCUGCUCGGAGGGUGUAACCGUACUGGACAGCGCUGGAUGUUUUGUAGAAUUGCACUCAAGUCUGUCCAUAAAUGGAGGAGUUCCCAAAAAGCGAUACAAACUACCGCCCGAUACUUGGAUGGUGCAUUACACUGGGAGUGUUCUAUUCGCAGUUUCAAAGCAAGCAGAAGUGAGGAGUGCUAUGCAUUUUGGAAUGAGUGCUGUACGACUGGAGUUCUCUCUUAUAAAAGGUGCAUGUGAAUGGCGACCGCUGGGAUUCGUGUCUCUCUCCUUGCGACCUGCUCGUUUGCCUUCAUGUCUGCUCAUCAACGAGCGUGGUCUGAUCCGCAUUGUACAAAGUAGUAACAGGCGAGUUUUCUGUCCUCUGGAGAACAUCGCCGCAGAGUUCCUAUUUCGAGUUCCUUCCUUUUCUUUGGCGGCAGUGCAGCAGGUUGCCAGAGCCUGUUCAAUAGACGGCACUCAAUUGCAGCGCAGUGUAGUGCCAACGUUGUUGUCUGCGAGGCGUGGAAAGUCUUUGUCGGCUACUGAUCUUUCUCAUUUAUUGCUUCUAUCGAAAGUAGUAGGGUCUACAGAUCAACAUGGAGAACUUGGUGGAUUUGUUUGCUACUUAUCAACAGGAGGAACAGCUGUUGCCUGA